UUCUUUUGACGACAUCCGUGCGCGACACAAAUACUCAACAGUUACUUUGCUGCACACUGCUAAUCAAUAUCGCAAGUGUUUGUUUUAAGUAUUUGUAAUUAGACAUGGCCGUGGAAUCGAGGGUUACACAAGAAGAAAUAAAGAAAGAGCCCGAAAAGCCCGUCGAUAGAGAAAAGACAUGUCCACUUCUUUUGAGGGUUUUUACAACCAACAAUGGCAGGCAUCACAGAAUGGAUGAGUUUGCCCGUGGAAAUGUCCCCUCAAGCGAACUGCAGAUCUAUACCUGGAUGGAUGCCACUCUAAAAGAACUAACAAGUUUAGUGAAGGAGGUCUAUCCUGACGCUCGGAAAAAAGGGACUCACUUUGGCUUUGCUAUUGUCUAUCCAGAUCCGAAACGGCAAGUCUACAGGGUUAAAGAUAUAGGCAGCACCAUAUCGGGCCGAAAAGGCGCAGACGACUCCAUGACUCUGCAAUCCCAGCGCUUUCAAAUAGGAGACUACCUAGACAUUGCCAUAACACCACCCAACAGGACACCAGCUGUGCCAGGCCGGAUGAGGCCUUACUGAUCCUCUGGGUCAAAGCAGGAAACCUCAUGGGGGAGGGGGGGGUCCUACAACACGUGUUAAUCCAUGAGCCCCAUUGAUGUUGGGUGGUUUGGUGGUGGAUUGUUUUUUUGUUUUCUCUUUUGCUAUGCUUUUAAUUUCUCUUGUGGAUUUUAUACAAAGAUGAGUUUGAGAUCAGAGUGGAGCUAGUGUUGCCUCGUCUCAAGAUUCUUGUGAUGUUAAAUAAACCUUUUUUCCAUUCAUAA